UCUAUUUCUUUACUCGUGCCGCAUCCUUCGCCUACGAUUCGGAGAAGGAUAGAUACAUUACAUAAUUCCACGCAGUUGUUAUCGUAAUAUAUUAUAAAUCCAAAAACGACCAACAUGUCGCAAGGCGCACCGUUUCGACCCAUGAAAUACCCAUAUACCUUAACUGCAAAGGUUGCUCAGUUCCCAUACAGAUAUUACAUAAAACACAGUUGGCUGUAUAGAUAUUUGCUGAUCGGCACACUUGUAUCGUUCCCGAUAUUUUAUAAAGUUCAAAAGCUAUCGUACGCUCCUGAGAACGUUGCGAAGUGGGACAAACUCCACCGGGAAAUGUUCGAGGGUACUGGUCAUCAUUAAAAUGAAGAUCGUUAGAGUUGUAUGUUAAAACAAAUUAUGUAUUGGAGAAAGAGAACUUGUAAUCUUUUCUCUGUCCAAUUAGAAAAAAUAAAUCCUUAAAUCAUAUGUGAGAUAAUUUAUGGAGAGGCAGAGGAGGAUUGUUGAAAAAAAGUCUAUUUGAAGAUUUGUGUUAUCAAAAUAAUCGUAUAAAAUAUACAUGACUAAAAAGAA